CUGUUUAUGGUGCCCUUUCAGCCAUGACUGGUGAUCCUGUUUAUUGACGUGCACAUUGGUAUUCUCUGGUGCUCGAGAUUAUGUGAGUUGUCAGGGGAUAAAUAUCGUAUCUAAACUUCGACAGAGAUCAAAUUCCCAAUGGCUCUUGACACCCUGGAGAAAGCACUGGCAGAGGUCGGCUAUGGCAGAUGGCAGAUCCCCGUGGUAGUCAUCACUGUCAUGGUGCAUAUGCUGGCUCCUGUGCAUUUAAUCGGCGCGACUUUACUGAAUGCCCAGCCUCCUUUUCGAUGCAGGGCUGCCAGUCAGGUCGUUAACUUCACAACUUCGACCCCGAACUUCGUAUUAAGGCCAGAGAAUAGCACGGACCUUGAGGAUUUUUACAACAACGAAUGCCGCGCUGCCAUCUACUCCACCUCCUCCUCCACCUCCUCCACCUCCUACUCCACCUCCUCCUCCACCUCUCCUACCCCUGAGUGGAGGUCGACAGGACUCGCUUCAUGCCCGGAGAUCGUGCAGGAUGAGUCCACAUUUUCGUCUACUGUUUCUAUGGAGUGGCAGCUGGUGUGUGAGCGGAGUUGGCUGCGGCCGAUUUUCCAGAUGGCUUAUUCAGUUGGCUCAAUGGUCGGAAGUACAGGUGGUGGCCAUGUGAGUGACAGGUACGGCCGCAAGAGAGCCAUCCAGAUCGCGUGUGGCAUCAACCUGGCAGCGGUCGUGGGCAUGCUGUUCCUGCCUUGGUAUUCGGGCGUGUUGGCUGCCAGGGUCCUCUCGGGCUGUUCCAUCGGAUGCAUGAUUUUGCCGGUGUUUAGCCUCGCGUUAGAGACGACGCCCUCUCGACAAAGGACGCUGGCGGGGAUGCUCCUCGGGACGUCCUUCAGCGCGGCGGUGGUUCUCUUCGCCGGCGUCGGCUACUUCGUCAGGACGUGGCGGUGCCUCCUCCUGGCUGGCUCGGUGCCGCUCCUCGUCGUGCUGCCCCUGGCCUUUCUUGUUUCCGAGUCUCCGCGGUGGCUCAGUCAGCAGGGCCGAGGUCACGAGGCGGCGGUCAUCUUAGGUCACGCCGCCUCCAGGAACCGCGUCCAGCUCUCGGCCGCCCUUACCUCCGCCCUCCGUGACCUGCAGGAGGAGUCCCAGGUCAAGGAGAAGUCACAGAGGUCACAGGCAGCGGACAUGACCUGUGGAGAGCGAGUGCGGGCGAAAAUCCACCAGAUCACCGUGUAUUUACGUUUCCCGGCGUUAAGGCGUAUUAUCGUGGCCACUACAGGUAUAUGGUACCUGCAAGGACUCCUGUACCUGGGAAUUAUCCUCAACGCUAAUAAUUUCACAAGCAACGACCCUUAUAUCUACGUGGCCAUGUCCGGGACAAUGGACUUGAUGGCCAUCCUUCUCGCCACGCCCCUGAAUAUGCGAAUGGGGCGGCGGUUUAUCGUGGGCGGCGCUAUGCUGAUGGCGGGCGUUCUUCUGUUGGUAGAUCUUGCGGUUCCCGAAGAAUUCUCGUGGAUACGUUGGGUCCUUGUGAUGACGUCAUUGCUUCUUAUUGCUGCCGCUUUCCAGGUCAACUUCAUGUACGUGCCCGAGCUGUACCCAACUGUAAUCAGGUCUCGGGGCUUCGCGCUGGCUAGUCUUGCCGGCAGUUUUGGCUUCCUGACGGCACCCUUUAUCACGGACGUUCUGGCGCAGAAGACGUGGUGGGCGGUCGGCGCCACUUUCGGCUCGGCGGGAAUCCUGGGGAGUUUCCUGGUGCCCCUCUUGCCCGAAACGAACAACCUGCCUCUUCCGGACACGGUCGAGGACGUCGAAAGGAGGCGGAAGGGCAUCAGGGCGGACAAGAAGGGCGAGCCGAGUCAGGACGAGCAAGGGCGCGAAGCUGAGGAAAUGCCCGCCCUUGGUCCUGCUGAGGAGGCUUAAGUUAAAGCUCUUGGCGUCGGUGGCAUCAGCUGAUCGUGGAGUCGGUGGUAUCUGCUGAUUGUGGCGUCGGUGGUGUCAGCUGAUUGUGGCGUCGGUGGUGUCAGCUGAUCGUGGCGUCGGUGGCGUCAGCUGAUCGUAGCGUCAGAUCGGCAUCUUGGUGGCCGUUAUGGUGGAGAUAAAUACGUCGGCUGUCAACUUAGUAAACUGUGAUGUUUAUUUUUAAUCUGACGAUAGGUAUUUUGUUAUAUCUGGUUCAUAAAUAAAGUCAAAUUGCUUA